AUGGAUAUCAAGACGAGGUUUCUGAUCCUCUCCGACACCCACGCCGAUGACUGGACACCUCAGGUCGCAUCCCUUCCACCUAUAGACGUGGCUAUACAUUGCGGAGACCUCACAGAGGAAUCUAAAAUCGCCGAGUUCCGCACAUCACUACGGCUUUUGAACAUCAUUGACGCCCCUCUCAAGCUCGUGAUUGCCGGCAAUCAUGAUUUUACGUUAGACACGCCCAGAUUUAAGCAGAAGCUUGCUGAAGCAAACCCCUCGAUAGAACCAGAGCUUAUCAGGAAAGAGUUUGGUGAUAUUGGAGAAGCCCAGAGCCUCCUUCACGACGCACGUGCAAACGGCAUCGUCUUUCUCGACGAGGGUGUCCAUCAUUUCAAUCUUCAAAAUGGUGCUUCGUUGACAGUCUACGCAAGCCCAUACACUCCGUCCCUCGGCGAUUGGGGAUUUCAGUUCAAUCCAAAAGAUUCCCACAACUUUGACAUCGAAAAGGAGGUGGACGUUGCCAUUACCCAUGGGCCACCCAGAGGAGUCCUCGACAUGACCAGCUCUAGACAGCGCGCUGGUUGCGACGCAUUAUUUUCUGCAAUAGCCACGUCUCGGCCGCGUUUACAUUGCUUUGGCCACAUCCACGAGGGCUGGGGCGCAAGGCUUGUUACUUGGCGAGACGGUACCGUGGGCGAAAGACCAUCGCAUUUCUCAAACAUCGACAAUGAGCGGUCUUCCACUAUUGAAACACUCUCUUCCCUCUACCCUCGAAAAUUCGACACUGCGGAAAGAAUAUCUGACAAGAAUUCGAAGAGGCAACGACGCGAUAGAGCCAUUCAAGAAUGGCUCCACUACGUAGAUAUGAUCGAUGUACCCAUUACCGACCUCGAUAAUAUGAACUCGGAGGCGGAAACCUUGCGGUGCAUCGAACACAACAUGGCCAUCGCAUUCUGUAGAGAAGUUGAGGAGGCCGGCCGAAGCUCCCUCCCAGAUUUCGUUGAUCGCUGCAGGGGGCGCCGCAACAUCUACGUCCUCGGUCUUCUAAGGCGAGCAUUGGCCAACGCUAGCAGCGCCGCCAACGAGAAUUAG